CAUGUUGUCUCUGUAAGGCCUAGCUUAAGCUGAUCUAAUACUUUAUCCUUUCCAAGAUACAUGUUAUUUAGACAUCCACAGCAUUUUAUUAGAAAUCAACAUUCCUGUGACAAGUUUGCAGGAUAUUAUACUUUUGAGUGAUAACAUCUCUCAAAAUUUAAGUUUGAACUGCAACUCUUUCUGGGAACAGGAAAUCAGUAUAAUUUUAGACUACUCUGCACUAUUAUGCAUAUUGACAUAAAUCAACAGUUCUCUGAAGUUCUCAUGUUUAAUGAUUUUGGAGCCUCUUGAUCUAGCUCUGUGCACUCACAUUUAUCAUCAAAGAGAAAUUUUCAACUAGACCAAAAGAAAACAUAAAGUAAAAUGUAUUAACCCUCUUUAAGGGCAACUGUUCCUAACAGCUUGUCAUACACACCAGCUGUAGCAAACCUUGCACUCACAAGUAUCAAACAGAAAAUUGUUGAAGAUAAUAUCAGUUUAUAUUAUCCAGUUAAAGUGACAAUUUUAUGGAAACUACUAUAGCUUACCUAGCCUGUAACUAGAUUUGAAGAUGAGUAUAUUUGAAGAGGUUUCUGACUCAGAAACAGUUCAAAUUGUGAGCUCUGUAUUUGUUACUGAGAAUUCAGACAAGAACCUCAUGCCUUGCCAGCAGAAUGAAGCUGAUGAAAUGGAAAAUUCUAUUGAACCUCUGAAUAAGAGGCCUUGUUUGUCCUCUGAAGUUGAUUCUACUCCUUGCAUGUCAGCUUUUUCAUUCCCAUUACCAGAAAUGGAACAAAGCUUUGGUUUGGUCACAACCACAGCCACAAAGAUAGCUGAUGAAGAGUUUACUAAGGAAAAUAGGAUGCAACUUCAGGUUUUACAAGAUGACAAACCAGAUAAAGUUUCUCCCUUAUUGAUGAAGGAAGAGUCAAUAGUUAGCCAAGUAUGGGUCACAGGUAAGGACGCUAAGGAUGCUCUAACUAAUCAAGGACAUAAAUGGAGGCAGGGAAUGUGGUCCAAGGAAGAAACAGAUAUUCUGAUGAGCAACAUCGAAAAGUAUAUGAAUGAACGUGGAGUCAAGAAUCCUGCAGAAAUCAUUUUUAAGAUGUCAAAAGGUAAAAGAAAAGAUUUCUACAGGUCUAUAUCAUUUGGUCUGAAUCGACCAUUGUUUUCAGUGUAUAGAAGGGUGGUCCGAAUGUAUGAUGACAGAAACCAUGUGGGAAAGUACAGCCCUGAGGAAAUAGAGAAGCUCAACGUACUCUGGCAGAAGCAUGGCAAUGACUGGAUAACAAUAGGGGCUGCCAUGGGAAGAAGUCCAUCUUCAGUCAGAGACCGGUGUCGACUGAUGAAGGAUACUUUCAAUGCAGGAAAAUGGACCAAAGAAGAAGAACAGAUACUUGGAGAUGCGGUUCAUGAGUUGACAGGCACUGAGGUGGAUAAGAAAGUCACUCAGGGUGUGUGUUGGGCAACAGUGGCUCAACGAGUGGGUACUCGCUCAGCAAAGCAGUGUCGUGCUAAAUGGCUCAACUACCUGAACUGGAAACAGACUGGAGGUGUUGAGUGGACAAGGAAAGAUGAAGUCAAUCUCAUUCACAGGCUAGAAAAGCUUGAUGUAGCUGAUGAAAGUGAAAUUCGCUGGGAUGAAUUAGCUAAUGGAUGGGAAAGUGUUCGUUCACCACAAUGGCUGCGAAGUAAAUGGUGGAACAUCAAAAGACAAAUUACAAAUCACAAGGAUUUUGCAUUCUCAGUCCUAGUAAAAUGUCUCCAACAAGUAUAUGAAAGUCAGAAUGCCAGCUUCAUGUUUUGGGAGAAUAAAUCAGGAUCGGAAGAAUCAGACAGUAACCCUGAUAUCAGUGCGCAACAAGUCCCCUUUGGAGUCACAGGUAUAGAAGAUAACAAAUCCAUCUGUCCAGCACCUGUGACAGGAUUGCAAAUUACACUGCAGCUGGUCCCCAGGUCCUCAACUGAAUCACCUGCUGGUGGUGUUGACUCUUAAAUCUAUAAACCUGCCUACCCAACCACAGUAGAUUUUGAGAUUCUUCCUUUUUCCAUUUUUGUUCCAUUCCCUAACCUUGCACCUAUUUCCUUCAAACAAAUUCAACUCAUGGCCUUCCCUUAACUCUGACCAAUGGUUCCACAGUAAGCCUGGCAGCUGUUGCACCUGAUUCUCCUAGCCCAUCACAUUUCAUCCUUUGUCCCCAAAGCAUCCUGUUGAAUAUUCCAGUCAAUUACAUGUGACUUGUGGUUUUCCAAAUAUCAUCACUGAACUUUUGCUGAAACAACAUUGAAUUUUCCACAUCACCAGCAGAAUUGGCACUCAAAGAUGACAUCUUGCUUUUUAUCAUUUUUAUGGAUUUCAAUGUAUUCGAAGCAUAAAAUUUGCCUGACAAAUUUUUAGCUAAGAUGGCUCUUCUACUUUAAAUUAAUGAUGCUCCUAUUUAUAAAUUCAGAUACCCAAACAGCAGAGAAUUAAUAAUCCUUGUUAUGAGUACAGCCAAAGAAGAAUUUCCCAACACCAAUCAUAAGAAGAAGAAAUUCACUUAGAUUUAUUGAAUUCUUGUGUCUCUGACGAUUUAAUCAGUCAUCAUAGUAGAGCAAGUGCACUAAACAAGUGAUGGCAAAACCAUACUUGUUAUCUUUCACUCCUGGGCUUGAUCAAGGCAGGGGAUUUUACAGGCAUUGAAUCAGUGUUGCCUGUCAGAACACUAACAAGUCUCAUUGAGUCACCAAAGCUUAAGUGUGGUAAUAUCCAUCACUAUACAUCAGACACACUCCUUGAUCAGGUCUCUGUGAGGGCUGAUUCCAUUUCAGCAAGUCCUCCCAUUGUAGUGCAAUGCUCUCUUAUUUCAAACACAGAUACUUUGGAGGUGAUUGUGUGGUAGUUACUCUUGGUUAGUUCAUUGCUGGGAGCAGGAAACCAAUUUCGGGAGAGAAAAUAAGGAACUAAGUCAAGAAAAGUCACUAUUGUUUUAAUGUUUUUAAAAGGAACAAGAGUUUCCAACUAAACCCACUAUCAGCUAAGAAGUGUCCUCCCACAGGUUACAAUUAUCACAUUGAACUGAAAGUAAAUGGAAAAUGUACUCCCUGUACCUGAUAACUCAGACAUUUUAAUAGAUGUUGUACUAUAUCAAAUACACAGAACUCUGAGAAAGAACUUGUAUUGUACCCUCCCCAGGCAAUGUACUGCCCAAGUAGCAAUUUUAGAGACAAAGUUUACAUUUGUAUCUAAAGAAACAAAAAUAUUUAUCACUAAUAUUUAUUGACACAAUUGCUAUAAAAUUCCACCAAAUGUGAUUGUGAACAAUAAUUACAUCAUAAAUAUUUCAUUUUAUAGAACACAAAAUGAUAUAAAAUGUUGAUUGGAUUGUGAACAAUAUGGGUGUGUUUAAGAAUAAAACAGCUGACUUACAAUAUAACAGUUUAAC